CCACCCCCUCAUGGUUCGUCCCUUGGGAGCUCUCGUGACCCCGAACAUGGCGACUUCCGCAAAGUUUCUUCCAAACCAAGUUUGGGUUUUCCUAGUCUGUACCUUGCAUUUCAGCAUAUCCCGGGCCAGUUACCCCUUCCAGAACACGUCGUUGCCAUGGCAGGACCGUGUGGACGACCUGGUGAGCCGCCUGACGAUGGAGGAGGUGAUCCUGCAGAUGUCGCGGGGAGGGGCCCACUCUAACGGGCCUGCCCCUGCCAUCCCGCGGCUGGGGAUCCAGCCCCACCAGUGGAACACCGAGUGUCUCCGGGGAGAUCCCCAGGCCGGGCCCGCCACGUCCUUCCCGCAGGCUCUCGGACUGGCCGCGACGUUCAGUACUGAAGUGAUCCAUGCUGUAGCUGAGGCCACGUCUAUAGAAGUCCGGGCUAAGUACAACAACUUCACCCAGCACCAGGAGUACGGAGAUCACACUGGGAUCAGCUGCUUCAGUCCCGUCAUCAACAUCAUGAGACAUCCUCUCUGGGGCAGGAACCAGGAGACCUAUGGGGAAGAUCCUUACCUGAGUGGGAGACUGGCACAAAGCUUUGUGAUGGGUUUACAGGGCGACCAUCCUCGAUACAUCAGAACUAACGCUGGAUGUAAACACUUCGAUGUUCACGGAGGCCCAGAGAACAUACCUGCCUCCAGGUUCAGUUUUGAUGCUAAGGUGUCAGAGAGGGACUGGCACAUGACCUUCCUGCCUCAAUUCCAGAAAUGUGUGGAGGCUGGGACUUACAGUAUCAUGUGUAGUUACAACAGCAUCCGUGGGGUGCCAGCCUGUGCCAACAAAGAACUUCUGACGGACAUCUUGAGAGACUCCUGGGGUUUCCAUGGUUACGUUGUAAGUGAUGAGGGUGCAGUGGAGAACAUCAUGGUGCAGCAUCAUUACACCAAGACAUUUGAAGAGACGGCUGCAGCAGCUGUGAAUGCUGGUACCAACCUGGACCUGACCAUAUCAAAGCUGAGCAAUGCAUAUAAUCACAUCAGUAAGGCUGUGGCAGGUGGACUCAUCUCGAACCAGACCCUGACGAAGCGUGUGAAGCCCCUGUUUUACACCAGGAUGCGUCUGGGGGAGUUUGACCCUCCACAGAUGAACCCCUACAGUAAGCUGUCUGUGACUGAUGUUGUACAGAGUGCUGACCACAGGGAGUUAGCUGUGGAGGUGGCACUGAAGACAUUUGUACUGCUGAAGAACAAUGACAGUGUGCUACCACUGUCUGGUAAAGUCACCACUCUAGCAGUAGUUGGUCCCUUUGCUGACAAUCUUCCUGCUCUAUAUGGUGACUAUUCACCUAUCCCUGAUCCCAAAUUCUCAUCAACACCACUACAAGGACUAUCUGGCCUCGCUGGGAAAACCCAACAUGCUGCAGGCUGUAAGGGGUCAGAUCCUGUUUGUACGGACUAUGAUCAACAAGAGGUCAAGAUGGCAGUGGAGGGAGCAGAUCUGGUGGUGGUGUGUUUGGGGACAGGUGCUGGUAUAGAGAGUGAAGGGAGGGACCGUGCUGACCUCUCCUUGCCUGGUAAACAGCUGCAGCUGCUGAAGGAUGCUGUUAGCUAUGUGGUACUCCUGUUGUUCAAUGCUGGACCAUUGGACAUCUCUUGGGCUAAGGACAAUGAUGCAGUGAAGGCUAUUGUGGAGUGUUUCCUCCCAGCGCAGGCCACUGGGGAGGCACUGCGCAGAAUGUUUCUCAAUGAGAACAAUGCCAAUCCUGCAGGCAGACUCCCCUUCACAUGGCCAGCAACCAUGGACCAGGUACCAGCCAUGGAGGACUACACUAUGGAUGGAAGGACAUACCGCUACUCUACUUGGGACCCCCUGUACCCCUUUGGCUUUGGUCUUUCUUAUGCACAGUUUAUGUAUGACUAUCUACAUGACCAUGUCCUGCCAACAUCCAUCCACCCAUGUGACAAUGUCACUGCUGUCGUUAGAGUUACCAAUAUUGGGAAUGUCACUGGAGAUGAGGUGGUGCAGUUCUACCUAGAGUGGGGGAGCAGCUCUCUCCCUGUACCCAUUCGCCAACUCAUCAACUUCACACGGGUCACUCUCCAACCCAACCAGCAGAAGUUCAUCAACGUGACUAUCACGGCCAGAGAGAUGGCAAUCUACACUGACCAGUGGGUGGUGCCACCUGUCGGGAUGACUGUGUUUGCAGGGGGCCAGCAGCCCCUUCAGAACACUGCUAUUGUAUCCAAUGUGGCUUAUGGAACAUUCACUAUCAAGGGGAACAUAACUCCUCUCAAGAACUGUGGCCACGUUGGACCAUGAUGUGGUUAACGUUCUCUUUGAAACAGUACAGCAAGC